AUGCAACUAGCAACAGCUUUGAUUCAAGGACUUUUACUAUCAGGUGCUAUUGCCUUACCGGUCUCUGAACCAACUAAUUAUCCAGCUGAUACCAUCGAAGCGGACAACACUACUAGUGGGAACCUCACAGUUGAAGGAGGACUUGACGGAUCGCAUGAGAAACUUUGUUUUGAAGCCAAUAAAAGUGUUCGUUGUGCUGGUGGUAAUGUCAAAAAUUGCGUUUCAAAGUACACAUCUAGUAAGAUUGGUAAUGCUAAACAAGGUACUAGUUAUUGUUCUUUCUGGUGCAGCAAAAACAAAAAUAUUAAUGAUUGUAAAACCAACAAAAAAAAGUUCAAUUAUCAUCCAGAAUUUGCUUGUGCUGACCAAGACUAUUGUUAA